AUGAAUUACAAUAAUAAUAAUAUAAAUACUAAUCUUAAUAAAAAUGAAGAUCAAAGAAAUAAUUAUUUAAGGAAUAAUUAUAUACCUAACAUAAACGAUGCUUCAUAUAGAGAUAACAUUAAAAUUGACGAAAAUUCGAGUGCGAAUGUUUUUACACAAAUGAGAAGUAAAAGAGAUCCAGAUAGCAAUAUAACUACAACUAAUAGAGAAUAUUAUGAAAAUAAUAUAAAUAAAAAUAGUUAUAUAAAUGAUAAUAUAAGAAAUAUGGAUAAUAAUAAGAACUACAUAAAUUAUAUAGACAAAAAUAAUAUUGGUUCUCCAGAAAAUUAUAAAAAUAAGUAUACCAGUAGUUAUUAUGAAAAACAGAAUAACGAAAAUAAUUUUAUUCAUCAACAAAAAAAAGGAGGAAAUUUUAUGAGUAAUAUAAAUAAAAAUAAAUAUGAAAAUGGCAUAGUACCAAAUAACCAAAGAAAUAAUAACAAUAAUAACAGCCAGGAAAAACCAAGAUAUAAACCCCCAAUGUUAAGAAAUCAAAAUAUGUAUAAUAGAAAUAAUAUGAAUAGGAUGAAUUAUAAUAAAGGUGCUAAUCCAAUUUACAAUAGAAAUUAUAAUAUUCCGAAAACAGCUUGGGCAAAUAGAGAUAAUAGAAGGUAUUAUGCUGAGAAGGAGGAAGAAAUUUUCUCAAAUGUAAGAAGUGAAAAAGGAGUAAACUUUGAAUUAUAUAAUAGUAUACCAAUAGAACUAAGUGGACAUAGUAGUGAAAAUAUAUUACCAAUAGAAAAAUUUGAUGAUCCAGCUCUUAAUUUAAGCGAUUUACUAUUAUCCAAUAUAAAAAAAGUAAAUUAUGAUAAAACAACACCAAUUCAGAAAUAUAGUUUAAGUAUAAUUAUGAAUAAAAAUGAUUUAAUUGGUGUUGCUCAAACUGGUAGUGGUAAAACUGCAGGAUAUCUAUUACCUAUUAUUAAUCAUAUGUUAUUAAAUGAUCCACCUAAACACACUUUUUAUGAUGAUAAUAAUAAUAAUAAUUCUAAUUAUUAUUUCAAUAAGGUAUGCUUACCUAUUUGUUUAAUUCUUGCACCUACAAGGGAAUUAGCAGUUCAAAUAUUUUAUGAUGCAAAAAAAUUUUGUUAUGAAACAGGGAUAAGACCAGUUGUUUUAUAUGGUGGAAAUAAUAUAAAAACGCAAUUGUCCAAUCUAGAUAAAGGUGCUGAUAUAAUAGUUGCUACUCCUGGAAGAUUAAAUGAUAUUUUAGAAAAGAAGAAAAUAAGAUUAUUCUUAACAUCUUUUUUAGUACUUGAUGAAGCAGAUAGAAUGCUUGAUAUGGGUUUUUCUCCACAAAUAAGAAGUAUAAUAAACGAUUAUGAUAUGCCAGGUAAUGAUAAUGACGCAGAUACUAAUGAAAAUAGAUUAGAAUAUAAGAAAUAUUGCAAUGAAGUUAUAAAAAGACAGACUAUUAUGUUUAGUGCAACAUUUAGAAAAGAAAUUCAGGUAUUAGCAAAAGAAUAUUUAUGUAAUUACACCUAUUUAUUAGUAGGUAAAGUAGGUAGUACUCAUGAAUAUAUUAAACAAAACUUAGUAUAUGUAGAAGAAGAAAAUAAAUGUAAUUAUUUAAUAAAUAUAUUAUCUGAAAAUAAUAACGGACUAACAAUUAUAUUUGUUGAAACGAAAAGAAAAGCGGAUAUUAUUGAGAGAUAUCUAAAUAAUAAAAAAUUAAAUGCUGUUUGUAUUCAUGGAGAUAAAAGUCAAGAUGAGAGAGAGAGAGCUUUGAAAUUGUUUAAAAGAGGAAUUAAAAAUAUUUUAGUUGCAACAGAUGUAGCAGCGAGAGGAUUAGAUAUAUCUAACAUUAAACAUGUAAUUAAUUUCGAUUUGCCAAGUAACAUUGAUGAUUAUAUUCAUAGGAUUGGUAGAACAGGAAGAGCAGGAAAUAUCGGUAUAGCAACUUCAUUUGUAAAUGAUGAUAAUAAAAAUAUUUUUAAGGAUUUGUUAGCAACAUUAGAAGAAUGCAAUCAAUUCAUACCUCACUGGUUUUUUAAUUUAGUUAUGAGAUAUACUGCUAGUGCAAGAGCUAAUAGGAAUUAUAAAUAUAAAUCAAUUAAGAAUAAAAAUAAUUAUUCUAGAUAUACAAAUAAUAAUAAUACUAUGGCUAAUAAAAAUAUGAAUAGCAACCCAUUUAAUAAUAACAAUGCAUAUAAUAAUUCUGCUUACAAUAACAAUGGAUAUAAUAAUGGUGGAGGUUUUUCAAGUAACCCAUAUAACAAUUUGUAUGCUAAUAAUUAUAAUAAUAAUCCUUAUAACAACUCUAGUAAUAAUAAUAACUUAUUUAAUAAUAAUAAAUAUAACAAUAAUUACAACCAAAAAAAAUUUGAAGAACCCACAUUUCAUAGAAAUAAUUAUCAUAAUACUGAUGAUAAUAAUGAUGAAUGGUAA